GUAUUAUUAUUUUUGGUUGUCACUAACUCAGGAAAUACCACUUUUUAGGCAUAAAGUAGGAAAGUUUACAAACUGAUAGUGACCUGUCUACUUUAGCUGAAAAAGGGUGAAAGGAGUGAGUGUAUAACCUGGCAAAAUCAUCAUAGAAAUGAGUCUCAACGUGGAACCUCAUAACAAGCGCAUCAAAAGCGAGGCAGUCCCGACGCCACACGCAGAUUCCAGCUCUGUAUUGCCGUGGGUCGAAAAAUAUCGUCCACAAACCUUGGACGAGGUGCAAUCCCAAGAUAGUGUAAUCAGCGCCUUACGUACUUGUUUGUGUGAUGGUGCUAUGGUGCCCCAUUUUUUAUUCUAUGGACCACCUGGGACUGGUAAGACAACUGCAAUUCUUGCCGUUGCACAUGAUCUUUUUGGACCCGAUUACAUAUCCAGUCGCGUACGGGAGCUUAAUGCGUCUGACGAUCGCGGUAUAAGUGUGGUUCGUGAAAAGAUUAAGGUGUUUGCACAGUCCGCAGUCGGUAACGUCUCUCGCAAAACUGUACAAUCCGAUGGCAAGAUCUACCCUGUUCCUCCUUUUAAAUUUAUCAUUUUAGAUGAAGCCGAUGCUCUUUUGCCGGACGCACAAGCCGCCUUGCGUCGAAUGAUGGAGGACUUCAGUGAAGUAACCCGUUUUUGCAUCCUAUGUAAUUACGUCAGCCGGAUUAUUGACCCCAUCGCAAGUCGUUGCGCAAAGUUCCGUUUCCGUCCGUUAAUCAAAGAAACACUUUACACUCGCAUCCGUCAGGUUGCCGCGGCGGAGGGGAUCACGCUCUCCGACUUCUCGCUUGAGGCUCUCGACAGGGUAAGUGAGGGAGAUAUGCGAACUGCAAUUAUGUACCUGCAAUCCGCUCACAAAGCACGCGGCCUGGACCUAAGCAAUGAGGACUUUGUAUCUUGCUCGGGUACCCUACCGCCGGAGGUCUUCAAACCCUUUAUCGAGGCCCUUCUACAGAAAGAUAGGGAUGAUAUUGUUCACCAAACCAGUGGCGUCGUCGCGCAGGGCUUUUCCGCCACACAGGUGCUCGCUCAGCUCCAUCGCUAUCUUGUCAGUCAUGAAUGUCCUUUGAAUUCAGUGCAGCGCGGAAAUAUCAUGUUAAAACUUUGUGAGGUUGAAAAGCGGCUUUCAGAUGGCUGCAAUGACUACUUGCAGCUUUUAGAUAUCGGGAACGCGAUAUGCUCUGUCUAGAAUAGAUGAAAUACCAUGCAUGUUUUUGUGAUUCCUGUUACGUGAAUUUGCAGUUGUGCAUCUUUUUGUGCAUUAUGAAAGAAGGACAAUCACGUUGCUCUUUUCGUUCUGACCCUUAAAUGCUAAUCGUAUACCGAGAACCUGCUUUUCCUCGCGCGUGUGUGUCAUUAUAGAUAAGGGGUAGUGCGUCAACACAUCGCUA